AUGUGCCUAAAGACCCCACAUCUUCGCUUCCUCGACGUCACCAACUUUCUUGCUCCCGGUUUCAGCUACGACAAAUUUCUGAAAGCGUACGAGUGUCCUCAAACCAAGGGGUUCUUCCCAUACGAAUGGCUGGAUUCUCUUGACAAGUUAGACCACCCUUCUCUUCCUCCUCACGACGCCUUCUUCUCUACACUGAAAAACGAAAACAUUUCUAAAGAAGACUACCAGUACUGCCAACAAGUGUGGUCUGACCAUAACAUGCAGACAUUUAAAGAUUUUCUCAUCUGGUACAACAACCUAGAUGUCCAACCCUUUUGUGAGGCCCUGGAAAAAAUGUGCGCGUUCUGGAAAGAUAAAAAGAUCGACAUGUUAAGACAAGGUAUUUCUAUUCCCGGUGUUACCUUGACGUACCUCUUUACCACCCUGGAAUCUGGCAUCUUCUUCUCUCUGUUUGACGAAAAAAACAAAGAUCUGUACUAUCUCUUUAAGAAAAAUAUGGUGGGUGGCCCUAGUAUAAUAUUUCAUCGAUAUCACGAGGCGGGAAAAACCAAAAUCAGAGAGAGAGAGAUAACAGAUCAAGGCAAAGAACCAAAAAUGUGCCAGAAAAUAGUAGGAUAUGACGCCAACGCGCUCUAUCUCUGGGCCAUCAUGCAAAACAUGCCCACCGGAUCUUUUACGAGACGACGCGAAGAAACCAACUUCAAAAAAGAAAGCUCCACCAAGAUGGCCACCGAGUGGUUAGAGUGGAAGGCACAUGAAGGAGGAAUUUUUAUACGCCACCAAAUGAACAAUACAGAAAAACGCAUAGGUGAAAGAAGGCUCCCAGUGGAUGGUUUUCAUGGUCCUUCACACACAGUUUUCCAGUUCCAUGGCUGUUGGUGGCAUGGGCAUAACUGCUACCUAACUAAAGGAAAAGAAAUGAACGAAAAAAGAAAGAAACCAAUGGCUGAGCUCAGGGAAGAAACUACAGCUAAUUCAAAGUAUAUCAGAGAUCAAGGCUACAAUCUCGUGGAGAUGUAGGAGUGCCAGUGGCGCCGAAUGAAAAAAACUAACUCUGCAGUACAAUAUUUCAUGAACAGAAAGUUUCACCGACCCCUUGACCACCACCAGACCCUGGAUCAAAAUCAGAUCAUAAAAGCUAUCAGAGACGAGUCUCUCUUUGGUGUUGUCGAGUGUGACAUCACAGUACCUGACCAUCUGAAACCCAAGUUCUCCGAAAUGUGUCCAAUCUUCAAAAAUACGCAGAUUUCUAGAGAAGAUAUUGGUGAAUACAUGCAAACCUUUGCCGAGGAGCAACGUAUCAUGCCUCAACCUCGUAGAAGUCUCAUAGGUAGCUAUUUUGGAGAAAAGAUCUUGUUGGCCACACCGCUCAUUAAAUGGUACUUGGAGCACGGGUUAGAAGUCACCAGGAUUUAUCAAGUGGUCGAGUACACACCCGUUCCUUGUUUCCAGCCCUUUGGAGAAGCUGUCUCCGACGCCAGGCGUGCUGGGGAUGUGGACCCGAACAAGGCUAUUAUCGCAGAUACAAUGAAAUUAGUAAGUAUGAUUUCAUUUGUACAAGCAUUUUGCCACCUUUUUCCUUAUGCAAACCUUAUUAAUGUUCUGAUACAUUAUUUAUUAGGUCGGGAAUUCCAGUUACGGGAAGACGAUCACGGACCAAGAACGCCACAGAGAGGUUAAGUUCUGCGAAGAAACAAAGGCCUCACGGCUUAUCAACACACCCUUCUUCAGACAGAUUGACCAGAUCGAAGAGAACACUUAUGAAGUCCAGUCUUGCAAGAAAACUGUCAAGUUGAAUCUACCUAUGCAAAUCGGUUUUUUUGUUUACCAAUACGCUAAACUCAGAAUGCUCCAGUUCUAUUUUGAUUUCAUGGAUAAAUAUCUUGAUCGUAGUGAUUUUCAGUAUUGUGAAAUGGAUACAGACUCUGCCUAUAUCGCGAUCGCGGGGCAGUCGGUAGAAAGUUUAGUAAAACCAGGUUUAAGAGAGGAAUUUGAAGCAGACAAGGCCAAUUGGUUUCCACGAACCGACACUCCAGAACACAAAGCUUAUGACAAAAGAACACCAGGUUUAUUUAAAGAAGAGUGGUCAGGGGCAGGAAUAAUUGGUCUCAGUAGCAAGACCUACUAUUGCUUUGGGGACUAUGAUAAGUUCAGUUGUAAAGGGGUUAACAAGAAAACAAACGACAUUAACAAAGAAAAAUAUCUUAAUGUUCUACUGACCAAACAAAGCAGUUCAGGAUUAAAUAAAGGUUUCCGUGUAGUCAACAAUAGCAUGUACACUUAUGAACAAGUUCGAGAUGGGUUUUCCUACUUUUACCCCAAAAGAAAAGUGUUGGAGGAUGGAGUUACCACUGUGCCUCUAGAUAUAUAA